GCACGCCUUAUGUGUCAAUGGGGAUGUGGUGUUCUCAUCAUGUGCGUUGUCCACAUCAAAACAUUAUUUAAGAAAAAGGAAGAAUAAUUAUGGGAGAUGAGCAUCCAGUUCAGCUUACCAACACUAGCAGCUCCCGUUGUACUUUUUUUAACGCAGCGCCGGAUGACUAUCAAUGUGAUGUGAUUCUUAAAGUGAAAAGAGCCACAGGGACAUUUUCAUUAGUGGCAUGCUUUUUCAUGCUCUUUGUGAUAUGGCUUCUGCGCAGAUAUAACUCUUUGGCUCAGAAAAUGGUAGUCAGUCUGACAGUAGCUGCAUUUUUUGACAGUGUUGCAUAUGUUAUGGGAGAGUCUCAUUCAGAGGGUUCUCUGUGUAAUUUUCAAGCGUGGUGGCUCACAUAUUUUGACUGGGCUGCACUGGUGUGGGUGUGUCUUAUUACUUUCAAUCUCUACCUGAACCUGGUGAGAGAAAUCAGAACUGAACAUUAUGAGACACCGUACCAUGUGGUGGCGUGGGGUAUUCCUCUGCUCAUGUCCACCCUCCCAUUGAUGGCUGGAUACUACGGUCCUGCUGGAGCCUGGUGUUGGAUUACAGAUAAUCAUGUUCGGUGGAGAUUUGGCAUAUGGUACAUCCCUCUGUUUAGCAUGAUUAUCCUCAUGAUCUGCUGUUAUGCUCGAAUCAUCUGUGUGGCCAACGAGAGGAUGCGGUCCUGGUUAGGCACCUUUAAUCCUGAAAGAGAGAGGAGGAAGAUCUCUCUAGCUGAAGAGAUCAGACCGUUGAAGUGGUAUCCCUCUGUCUAUCUGCUUGUCUCUAUCUUCCCCCUCAUAAAUCGACUUCAUAAUGCUGCUUACCCAGAGGACCCUGUGUUUUCUCUGACACUACUGCACGUGCUCAGUGCACCAUUGCAUGGACUUGCAAAUGCUCUUGUCUUCAGUAAGGACACCUGGAGUCAACUGAGUUCAACAGGAAUAAAGAUGGCGAUCCAGUCUCGGCUGUGCGACAGCACAAGGAUUGGAGAGUACCAUGCCACGAAUGUAAGAUACACACAUGACCUUGAUACACACUCCGAUUCUGACGAUGAAGACAACAAUGUCAUCUUUUACAGUCCGAACAUGAUCUUAAAAGACAGGGGACCCUUGGAAAGUGUUUAGAAAAGAAGUGUGUAUGUGUGUGCCUUUUAAAGAGUUGCAUUCAGAUUUUUUUUGUUGCAGCUUUUGUCAACAUUUUAAAACAUGUAUUACGAUUAUUGCAAAGCAGAAAAGAAAAUGGUUGAUAGAACGUAUUCCUUUGCCUUUAAUGAUGGGUAGUAUCAUAGCAUUUGUUUGUACUGUAUUAAUGUGGGAAAGCGUACCACCUGAAAGUAAUAUAUUUGGUUGUAAAUAAUGGAAUUAAAGACUGCCUCUUCUGAAUAUUUCAGAAAUUAUAUACUUUGAGAAAAUUUGAGCUUGUUUACUA